AUGAGGGGCUUGGACCGCGAGGACAAGGGCAUAUCCGACGCAGUCAACCGUCUUCUCAAGCCACCGACCCUCCGCUCGCCGCUUACCUCGACCGCGUUCAAUUACCGUCGCCGCGCCGUGAUCAACGACGGAGUCCGCAAGCGCCUCGAGCAAAUCUACAGCCUUCCUGACUACAAUGACCUGCAGCCCUCUGCGCGACGUGUCGGUCAGACCAAGCGAGCGAGGCAGCCAUCACUACUCCAAGAGGCGAUUGCCCAGCCUGCCAGCACGCCGGCCGGAACGCGUCAGGACGACAAGGAGGGCAGCGACGAGGAUACGAAGACGAGGCGUAGAGCAUGUGGCGGAGAAUGUGCUUGGAGAAACGAACUCAUAAUAUACACGCUCCUGCGCGACUACGCGGGUGAGGUCCCUUAA